AUGCUCUCGUCGCCCUCCUCUGCUCUCGGGAUAUUGGGGGUCACCGCCCUCUUCUCACAUCGCCCCCUCCCAUCAUUGUGCUCACUCGCCCCUCUGCUCUCUCUCGCUCUCUCGCCCUCGUCGCCCUCAUGCUCUCGUCGCCCUCUGCUAUCCAUGAUCGCCCUCCUGCUCUCUCGCCCUCUCGUCUCUCCCCUCUCGGUCCUCGGAUCGCACCACUCUCAGGUUCUCCUCGCCCUCAGUCGGUCUCUUCAGCUCCCAUCUCGUCUCUCGCCCUCCUCGUUCCUCGGUCGCCCUCGGGUGGUCCCGGGGCCCUUGUACUGGACAUGUGCCUUCUUGGAUGCUGGAGCCUUUGUAGCUGGGGUACGACAGGUGACAGGCAGGUGUCCAGAGGGCCUCACCAUUGAACCAGAGAGUACAAUGAAUGCAAACCUAUGCCACCUGCCAAAACAGAGCGCUACAGACAGGUCAAAGAGAACAAAGGCCAAGACUCGCAAGCGGGCUGGAAACUACCACGCCUUCACCUCUCACUGA